AUGUCAGGUUCAGCAGCGCUAGAGUACGGCUUCCCAUCCACGCAUUCCACCAACGCUGUAUCCGUGGCUGUCUUUUCGAUCCUCCUACUACAAGAUCCAGAAUUAUCGAUUUCACCGCAAGCGAGACUAUAUCUACAAGUAGCGGCAUAUCUCUAUGCCUGCUCGAUAGUGAUGGGACGGGUAUACUGCGGCAUGCACGGCUUCUUCGACGUCGUUUGCGGCAGCCUCCUCGGUGCAGUAGUAGCACUUGCGCAGUUCUAUUUGGGUCCUAUCAGGGAUGAAUGGUUGUUCUCCGGGGAGAUCAAGAAUGUGCUGAUUAGCGGAUUAAUCGUACUCUUGCUCGUCCGCAUCCAUCCUGAGCCAGCAGAUAAUUGUCCGUGCUUUGACGAUAGUGUUGCGUUUGCUGGUGUUGUAUGGGGUCUUGACAUAGGUGGGUGGCACAUCUCGAGGACCCAGUACGUCGACACAGCCGCGAAUUAUCCUUCAGCGAUCCCAUUCAAUGUUGAGCAGCUAGGAUGGUCGAAGGUGAUCGCAAGGAUUGUGCUCGGCGUCGUGUCAGUCUUUGUCUGGAGGGCCGUAGCUAAGCCGACACUGUUAACGAUCCUACCUCCUAUCUUCCGAGUGGUUGAGAGUCUUGGCCUAGAUCUGCCAAGACGGUACUUCAAGCGUGCUUCGGAAUACCAAAGUGUACCUGAUCAAAAGGACGACGACAAUGUCAUACCAUCUGCACGAGAUAUCCCUCAAAUGCUCGGCAAUCUACGCAACAGAAGACGUGCUGUGUCAAUUGGUCCUCAGUCAGAAGCUGACGCAUACGAAGCACUUGCAUACAGACAGCAGAGAAGACGAGAUUCCAUCAAAGGUGCGGAAACGUCGUUGAUCGCAGAAAGCAAGCUAGCCAACGACUACUUCGCUAAUCUACCAGAUAUACCGACACAGUCUCGGAAGAGGUCGUUGAGCCUGGAAGAAUUUCGUCAGCAGAUGGGCGCUUCACCAAGUGAGCUUUCGCCCAUCGCAAUCGGCUCACCACAACCAGAAAAGGUCAAUGGUAGCAGUGAGACCUUCAUGAAGGCCGAGGAUGAGAAGGACAGAUCAGAACUGUUUGCGACCGUGCAGAAAGUGAGAGUGAGAUAUGAUGUUGAGGUUGUGACCAAGCUCAUUGUUUAUGGCGGUAUUGGGUGGAUCGCAGUUGAGGGCGCUCCUAUGCUGUUCCAUCACCUUUGGCUUAGUACAUAUCGUGUUGGAUAG